AUGAUGGAAUCUAUCUCUGGAUUUACGAAUUGGACAGAGGGCUUUGGUGGAGGCAGCACCACAGACUGGGAAAAUCUGAGUUCUGCUACCCCGGGAGCUCUGGAGGCAGCGGGAAUCUCAAGAAGUGAGUGGAUGCAACUCAUGGCCCAGGAAGGGAACCUCUCUUCAGCCUUGCCUUCGCUGGAUUUACUCGGAGGUGUAUUAUCCACUACCUCCCCAGGGCCUUUGCAACCAACUGCAAACCUCACCAACCAGUUCGUACAGCCGUCCUGGCGUAUCACGUUAUGGUCCCUUGCCUAUGGCAUGGUAGUGACUGUGGCUGUCUUUGGGAACCUUAUAGUAAUUUGGAUCAUCCUGGCCCACAAACGCAUGCGAACGGUAACCAACUACUUUCUGGUAAAUCUGGCUUUCUCAGACGCCUCCAUGGCUGCCUUUAACACCUUGGUCAAUUUCAUCUACGCUCUGCACAACGAAUGGUAUUUCGGAGCUAAUUAUUGUCGUUUUCACAACUUUUUCCCGAUAACUGCAGUUUUCGCCAGCAUCUAUUCCAUGACUGCCAUUGCGGUGGACAGGUACAUGGCCAUUAUACAUCCUCUGAAACCCAGACUAUCUGCAACUGCUACUAAAGUCAUCAUUGGAAGUAUUUGGAUUCUGGCUUUCCUUCUUGCCUUUCCCCAGUGUCUUUACUCCAAAACCAAAGUGAUGCCUGGUCGAACACUUUGCUAUGUACAAUGGCCAAAAGGUCCAAAACAGAAUUUUACGUACCAUAUUGUUGUGACUGUACUGGUGUAUUGCUUUCCAUUACUCGUCAUGGGCAUCACCUAUACCAUUGUUGGAACUACCCUUUGGGGAGGAGAGAUCCCAGGUGAUACAUCAGACAGGUACCAUGAGCAGCUCAAAGCCAAAAGAAAGGUGGUAAAAAUGAUGAUUAUUGUUGUGGUGACAUUUGCCAUCUGCUGGCUGCCCUAUCAUAUAUACUUCAUUAUUACUGGAAUAUACCAACACUUGAAUCGAUGGAAAUACAUCCAGCAAAUCUACUUGGCUAUCUUUUGGCUAGCCAUGAGUUCUACCAUGUACAAUCCAAUUAUCUACUACUGUCUCAAUAAGAGAUUCCGAGCUGGUUUUAAGAGGGCCUUUCAUUGGUGUCCUUUCAUUGAAGUAUCCUCUUAUGAUGAGCUAGAGCUCAAUGUCACCAGAUUUCACCCUACCAGACAAAGCAGCCUGUACACUGUGACCAGGAUGGAGUCCAUGAAUGUAGUAUUUAACCCCAAUGAUGACCCCAAUUCUAAAUCCACACGAAAGAAGAAGGAAGCUUCAAGAGACACCAGCUUCGAUGGAGGUUCAAACAGGAAUUCCAAAUCAGCUUCUACCACCUCUAGUUUCAUCACCUCCCCUUAUAUGUCUGCAGAUGAAUAUUUUUAAAACCCUUAAGAUAUUAGUAAUGAUUCCAUAAAAGGCAGAAUUAUAGUAAAAAAAAAAAAGGUCAUGUGUAUUAGACCCAUAUAUUUCUUCAAUCCCAGCAACAAAAAAGUGUCUGUGGGCAAUCAUGCUUUGGUGCAUGAUCAUAUAUGAUUCCAUAUCAGUAUUGCCUGUGAGGAAAAGGUUGAACUAAUUUUUUUGUACAUAUAACAGGUUUCAAACAGCAAUCUUUAUCUCACAUACAGGAACAUCACUUAAUCUGUUUAAAAUACCUUGUGCAAAGUUAAAGUAUUGCUACAUGUCCCUAACAUGACAUGAUUCUGUUGGUUUUUUGACUCUCCUAAAGCUUAAAGCAAAAAGGUUUAAAAAUUAUCAUAGCAGAAUAGGAAUGAAAGUUGUUCAAAUUCAGCUUAUAAGUGGUGAAGUUAAAUGAACUAGAAGGCCUCCAGAAGUCAUCAUAGUUAUUGCACAGACAACUCAAGGGAAUUAAAUGUCUUGUCUAAGUCACACAGAUAGCAAUCAUCAGGGGCAGAAUUCAAACCCAGACCUUCCAACUCCAAAUUACUCUUUUUUUGUGUAUACUGCAAUGGGUUCUCUGUAGAUUGGAUGCUUCUACAACUCAUUUUUUAAAUCCCCAAAGUACUUUGCCUCUACAACAACUCUUUGAAGUAGACAGGACAAAAAAAAUGAUCAUCUCUUUUUUUCUAAAUGAGAAAGUAAUGGCUCAGAAUGGUUAAAUAGUCGCCAUAGUUGCUAUCUUAACUAUGACCCAAAUCCAAUCUUUUCAUCCUAAAUUAGAGAUGUCAAGGUCAAAUAAGAACG